UGUAUCUUGAUGGGUCCUGGAGCAGCCGUGCUCCGUCACGCCCUGAAAUGCGGCACAAACAAGGCCCCCUCCGUCACCCUCCUGGACCACCUGGCCAGCCUCCCACCCUCCUCGACGGCCAACUACCACCGCCUGAACGGUGAGAGGAAGAGGAAAGCCUUCAAUUCUGAUGAGAAGAGAACGAUUGGCAAUGACCCAUCUUGCCAGACCUUUGAUAUAACACUGCUGUACAAGAGCAUAACACUGGCCUGUGAACGUGUGGCACCACUCAAUGAUGAUGCACGCUGGAAGGAUCCGACACUCAUGGAAGGACGCCUCAACAAAAUCAAGGGCGAAAGAAACGCCUGUGUCCACGAAUGGUCCCAGACAAUAAUGGAUGAAGACCAGUUCAAGAAUAAAGUUGAGGAACUGAAGGAGGACUUCGAAACAGCCCUUGAGUUGGUCAGGGACAGGUACGGAGUCUGUGCCAGGAGACCAACACUCUCAUUGACACCAUGAAAGUACAGAUUAAAGAUGUGAUACAAGCGUUCACUGAAAGAGUCAUCCUCAAUAUGACUUUUGACAAAAAACUUGCAUUAUUAAAGGAAGUGACACCAGGUCACCUCAAAGAUCGUUACAGACACUUUGAGUGCUUUGACCCGCUGUCCUUCCUGUCGGGAUCCAAAGAACGGGUCCAUAUCGAAAUUGUUUACACCAAAAUUGUCCUUCAACAAGAAAACACACCACUUGAUAUAGAUUCUCUGGAUAUAUUAAAAGCUUUGAGGGAGGGGUGCCAGCCCUUCCCGCCUGUCCAGGAUGACAGGCCGCGCCUCGCAGUGGUGAGCGGCAUCGCCGGGAGUGGCAAGACCACCCUGCUCACCUUCAUGGUGUCAGAGUGGCGCAGGGAAGAGUGUGACCGGCGCGUCAAACAUCUGGAGGAGUACGACAUUGUGCUCAGAAUACUGUGCAGGGACAAACAUGCCGAGGACCUGGAGACAUUCCUGCGCCUGGUCCUCCCGCCCAGUCUGUCGGUGUUUGGGGAGCCCCUUGUGAAUUACCUGGAACGCUGCAAGGUGCUCUUCCUCAUAGAUGGCCUCGAUGAGAUGAACCAAACCUCCGAGAAGCUCGUCACUAAUGUUAUGACCAUCGCCACAUGUAACAAACAGUUCUCGAUAAUCGUCACCUCACGCCCAGAGCGAGUGGACUGGCUGUUGAGGCGUUAUGGACAGGACUAUCGCCUAUCGCAGCUGUCCAUCGAGGGGAUUCCCGUCACUAAGAGGACAGAAUUUGCACUGAAAUACUCCACCUCCUCCACAAACCAGGAGAGGCUGAAGGAGUUCAUGGCACAACAAAAGUACCAUAAGUUGUUUGAGCUUCCCCUCAACCUGUUAUUUGUGGUAACAUUGUUUGAAGACAAUCCAGAUAGCAUCAAGAAGCACAUUACCCAAGCCAGUCUGUACACCCACUUCCACGACUGGUGCACAGAGAAGCUGCGUGUCAGAAUAGCCACGCACCCCGCACAUGAGCACACGAGGCCGCUCACCCUCAAGACGAGGAUAAAAAGAGUGCUGAAGGAAAUGUACCAAAUGGCACUGCAAGGCCUGCUGCAGGACAGGUUGACCCUGUCAGAGGAGGAGACGGAGCGGCUGGAGAAACACUGCAAGAAAGAGGAGCUGCCGGAGCAAGAUGUCUUGGGAGCGUUCUACACCUUGCGAUUGUUUGUGAACAACAGAGUCCGUGAAGAACAGUACUCGCUGCCCCACAAAGGACUGCUGGAGUACUUUGCCGCACGACAUAUCAUACAGAGCCUUCAGGAUGAGUCCCUCCCACCACUAAGAGUCUUAAGGAGCCUGCUCCAUACCUGCACUCAGCCACAGCCACAGCCACGGACACCAGGUGCUGUGAGGCGUGUGCUCCAUACCGUCACUCAGCACAGGACAUUUCGUGGUCAGCGUAACCUUUUCUUCCACGUGGCGGGCCUGUUGGCCAAAGAAGAGGUACCAAAUCGCCCCGAGGCAAUAAAGGAAGUAAUAGAACUGGUGGCGGACACUGGCGCACGGGGGGAGGAAUGGCUGUCACUGGUGGAACACACGGAUUAUGAUGAAAGUUUCCUGCGGGCCAUCGCUCACCACUUCACGGAAAACCCAACUGGUGACACAAUAUGGAUAACAGACAGCACGUUGGCCAGCGCUGCGGCACUGCUCCCCAUACUCCACCAACAACAGUGGCAUUAUUGAUAGACAACGAAAGUGUGAAUGUGGAGAAUGUUCGUGCCUUGACUCAUCACCGUUACUAUCAGUUGAAGCUACGCCACCAUUACAAGAACCCCGGCAACACGCCCAACUCAGACACAGUGCUGCGCGUCAUACACAGGAGUCAUCUUUGGAGGUUUAUUGGUCACCUGAGUGCUGACUGCCUGGCGCUGCUCCCUGAAAGCCUUGAGGUGUUGUCCCUGGCUGUGUCCAGUGAUGAGCACGCUGGCCGCCUCAUCCCGGCACUGAAUCAAGCCGCCUCAUCUUGGCCUGACCUGUGGCGCCUUACGAUACAUGUCCCCUUGUCGAAGGUAACACCAGCAGCGGUUGUGUCACCACUGCCUUACCCCCCUCGUGUUGAUGAUGAAGAAGAUGAUGGUGGUGGUGUGUACUUGACCUUGUCUGGUGUUGAGGAAAGCCUGGUGACGGAAGCGUGUCAAGUGGCCGCAGCUCUCCAGCCAAGCGAAGGAUAUCAUGCCAUUGGGUUCCCCGAGUGCAGGAUGGCGGCGGCAGCGUGGCGGAGCCUCUUCCACGCCAUGGCUGCGGCGGGGGUCAGGGUGGGGAGUGGGUGGUGGUUGGGGAUGGGAGGUGUUGAGAUACCAAAGGAAACCAUCACGGAGGAGGAGAGGAGGGAGCUGGACAAACUCACUCGCACUUUGUGGUGGUGUAACCUGCGCAGAGUCAGCGACGAGGAGUGUUUUUUUCUAUUUUAGCUUCCCCCAUCCUUACUUGAAGAUGAUGAGUCUGAUGAAGAGGAUGAGUCAGACUGGGAAGAAGAUGACAGUGAACAGGAGGAGGAGGAGGAGGAGGAAGAAGACUGAAGAGGAGAAUGGUGUAGUAUCUGCAGUAA